GCGGAGGACUAUCAGUAACGGACCCCGCAACGAACAGCCACGGAAAGGAGGUGGGUCAAGGGCGGCUUCGUCUGGGCUGGAACUUGAGCCGCUGAGAUCGGGCGUUUAAACGAGUCGGAGAGUUAAGUUAUGUUUGCAGCCGCGGCGAUGCGCGCCUUGCGCAAGAACAAGACCCUUCGCUACGGAGUCCCCAUGUUGUUGCUGAUUGUUGGAGGUUCUUUUGGUCUUCGUGAGUUUUCACAAAUCCGAUAUGAUGCUGUAAAGAGUAAGAUUGAUCCUGAAUUGGAAAAAAAACUGAAAAUGAGUAAAGUAUCUUUAGAGUCAGAGUAUGAGAAAAUAAAGGACUCCACUUUUGAUGACUGGAAGAAUAUUCGAGGACCGAGGCCUUGGGAAGAUCCUGACCUCCUCCAAGGACGAAAUCCAGAAAGCCUUAAGACUAAGACAGUCUGAUUAUGUUGGUUUUUAAAAAAAUAAAAAUGUUAUCAACUGGACUUCCUACUACAUACUCCUAUCCAGUGGAAAGAAAAUUCCAGACCUGUGGAAACCUGAUAAGAUAAUCUUGAUAAAAAGUCAAGCUACAGGUCUUUAUACUUCCUAGCUUAUUCCAUUUGCAAAUGAAAGUAACAGUGUUGAUCACAUAUAUUUUACACCUUUCAAUAAAAAUUUGAAUGCUGCUGUUAAA